GUUCCCAAUAAUGACUCCUUAUUAUAAUGAAGCCCCAUCCGCUCUUCAUUACCGUCUUUUAGAGAAUCAACACUAACUCUACACGUGGAAAACAUAACACUGGGAGUAGACUUUGUCUGCGUCCUCGCAUGUUGUGGAGUGGAUGACUUGUUGGAUGACUCGCGCCCUCUGCGAGAGAAAAAAAAGCCACUUCCUAAAUUGCAGCUGAAGUUGUGCGUUCUUGGAAAGUUGCAGGCUGUGCCGCUGACUUCAGGGAUUCAUCUCUGUCUGGUGUCGGGCUCCACUCAGGAAUGCAGCGGCAAGAAUGAGAAGUCUGCUCCAUGGUCUAAAGUAGGGAGAGGCUGACUUUUCUCCUGUUUCCCACCCCCCUUUACCUUUAUAACUUUAUUCUUUUCAGAGUUAUAAAGUUCCGGGUGUUUUCACUGGAGAGUAUGUUCACUCGGCUGCUUGUCAAAGAAUCCACUGUAAAGUCAACGUGUAAAGGAUUAAGCUACUGAAGUACUGGGAUCCUCACUGCGACUGCAUCUGCAUCAUGGGCUGCAGCAAGGUGCUGUGGGGGGUUUUAGGGGCGGCUGUCGUCAUCCUGUUAAUAACAAUCCCAGCAGUUUAUUUCAGCAAACCUGGUGCAACCAAAAGGCCGUUCACACUUGACGACUACUUCAAUGACACCAUUAGGUGGAAAUCCUACAAUUUAUACUGGAUAUCAGACAAGGAAUAUUUGCACAAGGCUAGAGAUGGGAACAUAUUUCUCCACAACGCUGAAACAAAAGAGGAGUCACUGUAUCUGAGCAAUUCAACCUUUUCCCAGGUGGAGGCCACGGAUUACUUGCUGUCUGGUGAUCAUAAAUACAUUGCUUUUGAAAGCAACUUCACAGAGAAAUGGAGACACUCAUUCACGGCCUCGUACUCUAUCUACGACAGGGAGAGUUCAACAUUUGUUACACCUGUGAAUCUUCCAACUGUUGUGCAGUACUUUGCCUGGGCACCAAAAGGACACAAAUUUGCUUACGUCUCAAACUAUAACGUUUUUGUAAAACCUGACGUCACCGCCGACGCCGUGCAAGUGACGAACAACGGGAAAGAGAACGAGAUCCUUAAUGGCGUCCCUGACUGGGUGUAUGAGGAGGAAGUGUUUGCAUCCAACGGGGCAAUUUGGUGGUCGUUGGAUGGAAAGUACUUGGCUUAUCUAGAGUUGGAUGAUACACAAGUUCAGAAAGUGGAGUUCUCUUGGUAUGGAUCUGAUCAAUAUCCACAAACAUUGGCUAUUCCAUAUCCAAAGGCUGGAUCGAGCCUUACAAAGGCCAAACUAUUCGUGGUUGAUACCACCAAUCCGUCCCGCCGCUCACAGGUGUUUGCUCCGGCGUCCAUUGCUUCUGGUGAUCACAUUUUGUGCUCAGUGACCUGGGUUACAGAUGAACGCGUUGCUGUGCAGUGGCUCACGAGAAAGCAGAAUCACUUGGUGGUACAGAUCUAUGACUUUGAUGGAAGCAACUGGAAAGAAUUGCAGAAGUUUGAGCAAACAAGCAAAACCGGCUGGGUCGGUCAUUACGUGCCUUUACCUGUGUUCUUUGCUGAGGACAAACUCAGUUUCUACAAAGUGAUGAGUGACACUCAGGGAUAUAAGCACAUUCAUUACGUGAAAGAUGGAAAAGCAACUCCUAUUACCUCUGGGAAGUGGGAAGUCAUCUACAUAUCCAAAUUAACAAAAGAUGCCAUAUAUUUUGUGAGCAAUGAGUACAAAGGGAUACCAGUAAAAAGAAAUCUUUACAAGAUGAUGAUCGGAAGCAGCUCUUCUGCCCCACAGUGUCUCACCUGUGACCUGCACGGUGACAGGUGUCAGUACAACUCUGCUUACUUCAGCCUUGACGCCUCUUAUUACCGAAUGGACUGCUACGGACCUGGAUUGCCCCUCUACACGCUCAUGGACAACAGGGGGCCAGGUGCACAAAUCUCCAUCCUUGAAGACAACAAGAACCUGGAAAAUAUUCUCUCUGAAUUCCAAAUGCCUAAAAUGGAGUACGGCACACUCAAGGUUGCAGGAUUUGAUCUGUGGUAUCAGAUGAUGUUGCCGCCAAAUUUUAAGAGAUCUAAAAAAUACCCUCUUCUCAUCGACGUUUAUGGUGGCCCCUGUAGUCAGACGGUUGGCUAUAAAUUCAAGCUGAACUGGGGCACGUCGCUCUCCAGCUCACAUGGGAUCAUCAUUGCCAGCUUUGACGGAAGGGGAAGCGGUUACCAGGGCGACGAAAUAAUGCACGCAAUCUACAGGCGCCUUGGCACGUUUGAAGUGGAAGAUCAGAUCGCUGCUGUGAGGAAAUUCAUUGACAUGGGUUUUAUUGACCAAGACAGAAUAGCAAUAUGGGGCUGGUCAUACGGUGGUUAUGUUUCCUCAAUGGCCUUGGGAGCUGGAACCGGACUUUUCAAAUGUGGAAUAGCAGUGGCGCCAGUAGCUAAGUGGGAAUAUUAUGACGCCGUGUACACCGAACGCUACAUGGGCACUCCCUCUGAAAAUUCCGACGCUUACACAAAUUCUACAGUGACAGCCAGAGCAAGGAAUUUCAAAACUGUCGACUACCUACUGGUUCAUGGCACAGCGGACGACAAUGUCCAUUUCCAGCAGGCAGCGCAGAUCUCCAAAGCUCUAGUGGAUGCGGGGGUGGACUUUGAGACAAUGUGGUACACGGACAAGAACCAUGCUCUCAGCGGAUCAGCCUUCCGUCAUAUAUACACCCUCAUGAGUCACUUCUUGCAAAAAUGCCUCGUUAAUCCCAAAUUGAUGUGAAUGCAUUUAUAUUGAACAUUACCACUGUAUUUUUUCUUCUCUGAUGUGUUUUUCCGUCUCCCUCAUAUUCUUAAAAUGUCAGGUCGAACAAUUAGUAGACGUGUUUGUUUUUGUUUACGUGAAAUGAAUAGCCAGUUGCUUGUACAAAUGAGUAUUUUGUGUUUUAUGUGGAAUGGGAGAAUUGUCUUGAAAAUAGGCCAAAUUUUAAUAGCAUUUAACAUUUGUUGUUGUUGUGUAGUAUCGUGUGUUUUGCAUUAAUGUCGUAAUGAAGGUAAAAUAAACUUGUAUUGUUAUUGUA